AUGUGUCACAGCAGCAGGGAAGACAGAUUUAUUCUAAAGUAUGCAGAUGACUCUGUUGUCGUAUACAAGAUCCUGGUCAAGAAGAAUCAAGAUGAGAGCUGGGUUGUUUUUAGAAGGUACACAGACUUCUCCAGACUCAAUGAAAAGCUGAAGGACAUGUUUCCAGGCUUUCGUCUUUCACUGCCUCCAAAGAGGUGGUUCAAAGACAACUAUGACAGUGACUUCCUGGAAGACAGACAGCUGGGACUACAGACCUUCCUGAAAAACCUGGUUGCACACAAAGACAUUGCCAAUUGCAUAGUGGUGAGAGACUUCCUGUGUCUGGAUGACCCACCUGGGCCCUUUGAUAGUCUGGAGGAAAGUCGGGCAUUCUGUGAGACCUUAGAGGAGAGCAACUACCGUCUCCAGAAGGAGUUGCUGGAGAAACAGAAGGAGAUUGCAUCCCUAAAAAGAAAAUUGGAAGAAAGGGACCAGGCCAUCCUGCUACUGGAGAAACAUAUCAGUGGAGAGUGUUUGAGUCCAGAGUCUCCGUGUGGUCUGUCCGCUCAGGGCAGCGACAGCAGCGCAGACGUGGAGCCGUCUGCUCCAGAGGCCGAUCAGGACAUGCCUGAUGAAACUGGUGGCAGGUGUGAAAUUCAGCCGGUGCAAUCUUCUGUCUGCUGGUGUGGGCCUUCACUCAGCACAUCCCCUCCGGUCACCCAGCUUUACCACCACAAACUGGAACACUAACAACAAACACUGAAUCUGGUCUCUUUUCUCAUCCUCCUCUCUUUUUGAAUUUAUGCUCCCUUCUUCUACCUCCACUCUGUUUUCUCUCCAGUUUGCUGUCACUGUUACACAUCCCAGUCAGGAUCUGAGGCCUCUGUGGACGAUGUAACAGUGCAGCCUUAUUUUAUUACACAUUUUUCCCUAUGCAAUGGGUCAUGAGGUGUUUUACUUGACAGAUAUCACUGUAAAGACUGUGUGCAACUUUAUGUAGGAACUAGUUUUGGGGACUGUCUGGUCAUACAUCUUAAGACCUCAGUUGACCUUAACCUUUCUCAGUCUUGAGGAGAACUUUCCUCAUUCUCCUUUGAGAACAUUCUGCAGCAGCUAUCAGAUUGGUCUAGUUUGACUUCGCAUUCAUCAAGCCAAAGUUUGGCUUCUUCACCAAAAACAUAACGCGACUUGAAGACUUGCACUCUUGGGUGUUUUCACUGACACUAUUGUGACAAUCCAC